UCGCAAAGCAUACGGUAGCGUUUGGCUCAGUUACUCCAUGGAAACACACUCGCGGCUGGAGUUUUGUUUACACUCUUGGGGAGCCAAUAGUUACGGGCAGCUGGGACAGGGACAUGUGGAGGACCAGGCUUCGCCCCGGCUCUCUAAUAUUGCUGCCCUACAGAACAGGGCAGUCCGGGCCAUCAGCGGCGGCGGAGGACACUCCGUAGUUAUUACCGAGAGUGGCGAGGUGUUUGUGUGUGGGCAGAAUAACAGAGGACAGCUGGGACUUGGACGCAAUACAGAAAUCUCAACUCUUCAGCACUGCCCAGUCCUGAAUCGGAGAGUCACAAAUGUUGCCUGUGGUUGGGAUUUUACUCUUCUUCUCACUGAUUGUGGACAGUUAUUGGCAUGUGGUUCCAAUGCAUUUGGGCAACUAGGUGUUGGACAGGCCGUAACACACUCUGCAGAGCUUCUGGUUGUUGAGAGUCUGAAGGAGCCAAUAGUAAGUGUAGCAGCAGGACUCCGGCACUCACUCGCUGUUACUGGCUCGGGCUGUGUUUAUCAGUGGGGAACUGGACUUUUCAGUUAUGCUAAGAGAGCACUCAGUCCACGUGCGGUUCCAUCACACCUUACCUCUAAGGUGCCGUCUCUGGUACCAGGUCUGGAUCAAAGAAGAUUACACCGGGUAACUGCAGGAGCAGCACACUGUGUGUGCCUUACAGAAGAUGGCGAUUUGUUUCUGUGGGGAAGCAACAAGCACAGUCAGCUGACCACAACAGAGCCCUUCCUGUCUUCUCCCACUCUUCUGAAGAGAUCUCUGUUAGAUGGAGAAAAAGUUAUAAAUGUGUGGAGUGGCUGGACUCACAUUGUUGCUCAGACAGAGAGUGGGAGAGUGUUCACAUGGGGCAGAGGAAUUUAUGGGCAGCUGGGCCGCCAAGUAUUAUUCAAUCAGGACACAGAGCAGCAGUCAGCUGGCCCUGGAGCAGAAGGUAGGAGCCAGGAGGUUGGACUCCCUGCAGAGGUUAAAGACCUCCAUGGGGCAACACAGAUUUCUUGUGGAUCAGAACAUAACCUUGCUAUUGUAGGGGGAUGUCUCUUCUCAUGGGGCUGGAAUGAACAUGGAAUGUGCGGAGAUGGUUCGCAGGCCAACGUCUUUCAUCCACAACUUGUUCCUGGUCUAAGACCUCUUCUCAUUGGCUGUGGAGCCGGACACUCAAUGGCGGUGUGUGCUGUGACGACUGGCUCAAGACAAAAUUCUGCACCGCUUGAGUAGCAGUGGAGCAGGGACAUUUAUUCUGCACGACAAUCAGGCUAUAAAAAGAGAAUGCUUCGGGGAGUUAACACAUUUCUGUUUUAGUGUUUUAUCGGUGCUCUGUAAAGCCCACGUGCGAUCAUUUUUAAGUGCCCUUGACUCAACAGUAAUUUUCACAUUUUAAAAGGCUACCUGAGGUGCUUGAAGGGGGGUCACACUUUAAACUGCAGUUGUCAUAAAUACUCUUGUAUGGUUGGGUGAGCUGUGUUUCAUGUGGCCAUAAUUUCUCUGCUGUGUCAUCACUUUGAUGGACAUGAUGGGGCCAAUUGCUUUGCAAGAUAUGGUCAUGCCUGCAGCUGCUGUUGCACCUGACAUGUUUGUCUUCCUGAGUGAAGCUGUUACGGAUCAUAUGAGGGAUGCGCUAGAGUGUCAGGAUGCAAUCACAGUACUUCAUGCUUAUUUCUGUCAACUUGUGAUGUACCACUUGCAAAUACACAACAGCAUUUUUCCCCCAUUUUUCCACUGAUCUAUCACUUAUUAAUGUCCUUGCCUCUCUGUGUUAUAUUUGAUUUUUUUGAGUUUGUCUAAUUUGCACCACUUUCAUACUUCAUUAAUCUUGGAAGAAACUCAUCCACUGGACAUGACCCAACCUACAUAUUUAUAAGGAGAGGACUUCCGCAGUGCAGCACCUGGAUACCAACUGCAGUUGUUAAGGCAGUGCCUUUGUCAAAGGCAGUGGAAGUACUCAGAAAAGCUGAUGUCUGCAAUUACUUUUUUAUAUGAAAGAUUUUGCUUUAAAUGUUUAAGCAAAUUAAAUGCGGAAACAUUAAUAGAUGUUAAAGUGCUUUUACCGGGAUUAUGGAAAAAAAAAAAAUCAACACUCACUGAAAGGUGAUAAUUUCUGUGUUUCUUUUUUAUUUAUCACUAUUGUACAAGUCUGAAAUGUAUUGGUCAAAAAAGACACAAAAAAUCCUAAACAACAAACCAGUCAGAACGACCACUGAACACCUUAUUCAGAUAACUAACCACAAAAUGCACGGUGUUCAAAACACACACUCUGAAAUCUCACCUAAUGGCACAAAUUAGUUGCAUCUUGGUUGCGCAAUUGAUUCUGUGUCAUGAUAAUCACUUUCUUUCUUUUUAAUUUUUUUAAACUUAAACCAGCACACUGUCCUCUCCCCCUUUGUGCUCAGCUCUAUUGGCAGAUUCAGAUCUGCACACAGAUCUCAGCAAGUUGUUGGCAGUGUGUUUGCAGGUGUUUGGUAAAAAGUUGGUCCCUUCUCACUAAUUUUUUCCACACAAACAGUGGAUCUGAACUCUGCAUCUUUAAUUAGGUUAUGCUCACUGCUUGCCUUUAGAAGCUGAUCAGUACAGGGGUGCUUGUUGUGUCUGUGUUUUUGAGUACUGAGCUGAUGGUUGUUUUCAAUGUGCUGGUGACUGAUGGUUAAUUUUAAAGAAGAUGUAUAUUAUUUCCUCCUGAAUAAUAAGAAGAAUUUAAGUAACAGAGGCACUUGUCCAGUAUGAUGAGGAUAAUGGUUUGGCAUUUGUUAGUAUUACAUACCAAUAUACCAAUUUGCAUGCGUCCAAAAAAAAAGAGAGGUAUAAUCCAAUUAAAUGAUUAUCAAUUAAACUACUACCUAAAUGCCUAUAUUUUGAUAUGAGAAUGCAUUUUAUAUAGGAGCUGUCUUCAUUAGUCAAAGUACAACUACAUGCCCUCAUAUAGUAAAUGUAAAUCUUACUUUGUUCCCAAUUACCUUGCAAAAAUAUGAUUUGCAUCACAACUGAAUUAUUCGCAGUUUUCUAACAGCAAAACUUGCCAUUUUAAUGCCUCUUUAAUACAAGGUAAGAGUGGUCUUUUGAAAGCAUGAGGCUUUUUUUCUCUUUGUUUUGUGGAUGU